GACUCACAACACCAACACAGAAGCACAUGUCUACUGGAGCAGGACCAGCAAGCCGCCGGUGUUGGCGCCCUCCACGUCCUACGGAUGUUUCGAGUUCAUUCAUCAAACGCUGCGAGGCUGAAAAGCAGCAGACUUUCCUCGACCCUCGACCGCUAGCCGGACACCCCGAUCGCGCUUGGGCUAGCUUCUGCCAGCCACUCUUGAGGUCAUACCCGCGUCUCCCGAACAUCCUUUGGAGAGACCAGCUCGGCCAUGGUGUAGAUGGAAUAGCAUGGAAUGUCACAAUAUGCGGAGAUAUACCCCCCCCUGGGAGACGUUACUGGGCCUUUCAAAGGGAAUGCCAAAACGUCGCGCUACUUCAAAUGGUACAAUCCGCUAUUGAGUCCUCAACUGAGCCGAUCUAUCUUCACCCUCAACCAAACACCCGAAUGGACGCUGUUCGCAACCUGCAUGCGUUCUCGCACGAGGGCUUUCGUGAGCAAAGAUUCAAAAACUUGCCUAAUGCCAUUCCACAUACCUCUGUGCCGCGCCUUCGGAAAUGUUUAGGAUGGAUGAAGGUUCCUGGCGCAGAGUUGUGCGCCCUCCAACACAGGCUUCGGCCUCGUCGCGUUAGGCUGGAUCGGACAAUGCGCGAGAUUCUACCAACGGAAGAUUAUUACGCUCUCGUUUACGAAUUUAUUCCCAAAAAUCCAAUCGUGGAUAUCAACGCCAUGCAAUCUCAAGCGGACUUUCUCUGGCGACUUGGUUUCUGCUUCACGCCGAUACGGCUGGACAAUUGGGAGGAUGGACUGCUCCUGGAUAUGGCUGAUAUCGUGUGCCCCUGGGCUGUUGGCUGGUCUGAGACGCAGUAUACCCGUCCUCUCGUUAAGGACUGGGUCUGUACUGACAUUGGCGCUUCAAUUCCGUAAACCCCUAGCUCCUAGCUUGGUGGGUUGUCAUCACGAUAGGAUCGCCGGCAAUAUCUUUGCAACUCGCUCCAUCGAGAUGUGAUGCCAAGCCUACCUCAUGUGUGCAAUUUUCGUACAUCAACAAGUACCAUUCAUCCCAUCGAACACUCGGCAGGGUUAAACACCACAUGACAAAUAGGAUACUAGUAGUAACGUUGAGGGCUCUUCAUCUGC